AUGGAAGCAGGGAUGCCAGUGCAUGGCUCUGCCAGUUGGAGCGUUAAUGAUGUGAUAAUGGGUGUGGUAUUCUGUGGGUUUCGACGCUACUAUCCAAAUCAAAUCGAGAAUUUGAGAGUGACAGCUCUUGUUCUGAUGAACUCAAUAUCGCAGCCUGGCUUAAAGAAUCUGGAAGAGAUGACAAAAUCCAGAACAAAAUCUCCUUGGGGAAACCGUUGGGGAUUUUUGCAGCUGUCGGUACCAAUGGAUGGGUUGGAGAACCCUUUGGAGUAUAUCCUAAGGGCAAAGCGGAUGGCAGAUAGGAAGAAAAUGUUGUUGGCAGUCAAUAUAACCAGAAAAGUGAUAAGCUAUAUCACACGAGUCGGAGGUCCCAAGAGAAGAUGUAGGUGGUGGGAUACGAAUUUAGAAGUUGGUAUUUUUCAGUGUCAGGCGUUCCACGUGAAGUGA